AUGGACCCUCCCCAGCAGCACCCGGAAUUCCACCCACAGCCUCAGCCAGGCCCUGACGAGACCGCCCCCAGCGGCCCUGAUGCUUCACCACACAUCGAAUUUCUACCUGAGGGAUUUCGUCACAGCCAAAGUCAAUCAUUAGACCAAGGAUUGGCCAACGUGACCCACGAGGACAGUCCUCGACCCGAAGACGACACGGCGUCUGCUGCCGCGGCAUCUCCUCGUUACACACCCGCGGUGUCGAGCGCACCCUCACUUUCGCGGCCGGCUAGUGGCUCCUCGAACCCGGUGCAGUCGUCGCACCACAACCAGCAACAAAAUGAGCAAGCGAAUGGGCGGAAUCAUGUGGUGAUCAAGGUCGGCAUGGUGGGCGAUGCACAGAUUGGCAAGACAUCGUUGAUGGUCAAAUACGUAGAGGGAAGCUGGGAUGAGGACUACAUCCAGACACUGGGCGUCAACUUUAUGGAGAAGACAAUCUCCAUCCGCAACACGGAGAUCACCUUCUCCAUCUGGGAUCUAGGUGGUCAGAGGGAGUUUGUCAACAUGCUCCCUCUCGUGUGUAACGACGCCGUCGCGAUACUGUUUAUGUUCGACCUGACGAGGAAAAGCACACUCAACAGCAUCAAGGAGUGGUAUCGUCAGGGGCGGGGCUUCAACAAGACCGCCAUUCCGAUUUUGGUCGGGACCAAGUAUGACCAUUUCGUCAACUUUCCUCCGCAGGAUCAGGAGGAAAUCUCGAACCAGGCUCGACGAUUUGCCAAAGCCAUGCGCGCGGCUCUUAUUUUCUCCAGCACCAGCCACAGCAUCAACGUGCAAAAGAUCUUUAAGAUUGUGCUUGCAAAAGCUUUCGAUCUAAAGUGCACGAUCCCCGAAAUCGAGAACGUUGGCGAACCGUUGCUCCUGUACCAGUCUGCGUGA